GCCCGUGCACAUCUUAUCCCUCUUCCAAUAAGCCUACCAGAUGAAAGCAUAGUGCAAAACAACACAUAACUCACCUCAAAAUACAUCCUCCCUAGCCAAAUAACCCAAGAAACAUGUCACGCCCCCGCACCCUCCUCCUCACCAUCGACGCCUUUGACACAAUCUUCUACCCGCGCCACCCCAUUCCGGACCAAUACGCCUCCGUCGCCCACGCCUUCAACCUGCCCCGCAGCACCGUCACCCCUGCCCGCAUCCAGUCCGCCUUCAAAUCCGUCUACAAGGAGCAGUCCCGCCUCCGCCCCAACUACGGCCGCGCGGAUGUCCUCCGCGGUCAAUACGGCGGACCCCGACAGUGGUGGGAGGAGGUAAUGCGGGGGUGUUUCAAGCGGGUCUUAGCGAAGUCUUCAACCAGUACAGGCGAAGUGCAUAUACCGGAUGGACUGUUUCAGAGUUUACUGGAUCGGUUUGCGAGUCGGGAAGGGUACGCGCUUUAUGAAGACGCGGGGGUAUUUUUUGAGCGGUUGAAGGAUGUUAGAAGGGGAGUGAGGGGGCUGGGGGUGUUUGAAAGGGUGGUUGUAGGUGUGGUCUCGAAUUCGGAUGACCGGGUGCCUGCUGUGCUUAGGUCACUUGGGUUGAAGGUGGGAGGGGUGAGGGCUGAUGAGGGGAUAGAGAGUUUGAGUUUGCCGGGUUUUGAGCAGAGGAAUGUUACCACUACUAAUGCUGUUUUGGAUGGUGAUAACGGGGAAGAUGCCACUGUGAAUGAUGUUGAUCUGGUGAUCACCAGUUAUGAGGCCGGGGAGGAGAAACCCAGUCCGGUGAUCUUCGAUGUGGCUGAGCGGCAGGCGAGGAGGCUGGUGGGGAAUGAUCAGGAGGGUGAUUGGGUGCGGGUGCAUGUGGGUGAUGAUUAUGAUAAGGAUUACCGCGCCGCGGUUGAUGCUGGCUGGAAGGGACUUUACCUUCCUCGGGGUGGCGGUGCUUUGGAGACACGAGGUGGGGAGGCAAUUCGGUCGCUGGUAGAUUUGAUACCUGUAUUGGAGGGGUACAGGUAGUAUUUUGUGAACUGUGAGUUGUACCACUACUUAGCUCUUUGAUUGCUUUGGUGUAUGUAUAUGUGGCUGUA